UAGAAAAUUAGUAUCCAAUUAUCAUGGGCAUUAAAGAAGCGGCUAUAUAUUUCGAUAACCAAUGGAACACGUACUAUGCAGGACAAGCUGUAAACGGAAGAGUAGAAUACGUUUUUGAUAGUCCUAAAAAAGUUAGAGGCAUUCAUGUCAAGAUAAAGGGCGAAGCACACACAGAAUGGAGUGAAAGCAAACAGGAGGAAGACUCUGAAGGACGAACUCAAUCGGUAGACUCACUGCACACUGGAAAUGAAGAGUAUUUUCAAAUAUCUUACUACCUUUUAGGAAGCAGUACAGGCGGUGAAAUAGAAAUUCCAGCUGGAAAGCAAGUGUAUAACUUCACAUGCACACUACCACCAGCUCUGCCAUCCUCCUUUGAGGGUCAAUACGGAUAUGUGAGGUAUACUGUCAAAGUGACCUUGGAUAGACCUUGGAAGUUUGACCAGGAUACUAAGGCUGCAUUUACGGUUAUCAAUGCUCUGGACCUCAAUAUCAACCCAUCGUAUAGAGAACCAAUUCAUUUUCAAUUGGAGAAGACAUUUGGUUGCUUCUGUUGUGUCUCCCAACCUUUAUCUGUGGAUGUCAGAGCUCCUGUGUCAGGAUACUGUCCCGGACAAACUAUUCCACUAACUAUAGACAUUGAAAAUAAAAGCAAUGUGCAGUUGCAUUUGGUGAAGAUAUUUUUGAGAAAGGUGGUGAAUUACAGAGCAACAUCACCUACUAAUGUGAACAAAAAGACCAAAGAUGUGGUGGUUACAGUACAAGAGGGCCCUGCUCCGGCCGGUACCACCAAACACUGGUCCCUCAACAUAGAAGUACCACCAAUACCACCAUCCAACCUCGUUAACUGCAACAUCAUUGAUCUGGAUUAUGACUUGAAGGUGGAGUGUGUUGUGUCGGGCAUGCAUUUCAACAUGAAGGACCGGAAGUAUGUGACUAUUGGUACGGUUCCCCUGGUGGGACUGGCCAAUCAGCCGUCCGCGCCCCCCGCGCCUUCCACACCCAGCCAGCCCGCUGUGUUACCUGUGGGACCGGGGCAACCUAAUGGACCUCCCGGUGGCGACGCGGCCGGCGGUUGGGUUCAGCCCGUACAGCCUUAUCAGAGCCUGUACCCAACACUCACUUCCCCGGUGUACAAAGAGUCAGCGUACACGGCCCGUACUAUACAAGACCGCGGAGACAAUUCCCACACCGCUAUACCUCAGGGACCGAGAUUCGCGCCGUACUAUCCGACGUACGCGCAGCCGCCGCCGCUACCGCAGUAGAUGAAAAUCACAGAUAAAAAUCGUACCUGUUAAUAGGCCUCGCUUAAUUUAAAGAUCGCUCCGUUUUAAUUAUUAUAAUAUGAGGGCCUGUUUCACCACUUCCUGAUAAGUGACGAAUAGGCUAUCCAACAAUUAACUAGAGAAAUCAAGUAUAAAAUCUGUCGAAAAAGUUGUGAAUAGCCUAUUUGGCACUUUAUCAGAAAGUGGUUAAAUAUAGGCCCUAAAUCAGGCAACUGAUGUUUCCUGUAUCAGAUUGUUCUUUGUGUAAUUUAUCAGCGAUUUUUUAAAUAUGUAUCUGUAUAAGAGAGAGACAACAAUAUGAUGUGAUCAACUAUGAACUUUAUAUGCGUUGGCGAAAUUGACUUAUAAAAUUUAUAACAGUUAUUAAAAGUACGAACGUUUGCUUAUGACCCCAAUAUUUAUUUUUCCGUCCAAUGGAUUUCUAAAACUUUAUAAAAUAAUAAAUUUAUCUCAAAUCUACGCACAAAAGCGCUUUAAAUGUAGUAAUAUAAGAACAACUUGAUUAAGAUCUGAUAGAGAUUUAAUAUAAAAAAUGUGCUUUGCUCUUUCUACCAAAAAGUAACCAGCAAAAAUGUUAUUUUGCUACCAAUAUUAAGAGUCCGUAUACGAAAUU